GGAGGAAAAGUUUCUUUGACAUCCAGGAAAUGAGUAACUCCAAAGCCCUUUAGAGCCCAGCCGAUGGAGGCCAGAAGGCGGGAGCGGGUCGGGGUAUCGCUGCCCCCGUCCCUCUAAUUGCCAGGCGGGACGCUCCGCCGCAAUCACCGCCAGACAGCUGAUUCGGGGCGCCCGGGACCCGCGUGCUCAGCCGGGGCUCGCGCGGUCCUUCUCGCACCAGGGAGCACGGACCAAGGCUAAACGAAAGCUGCCGCCAUGGCGCUGGGGCUCUUCCGGGUGUGCCUGGUGGUCGUGACGGCCAUCAUCAACCACCCGCUGCUGUUCCCGCGAGAGAACGCCACGGUCCCCGAGAACGAGGAGGAGAUCAUCCGCCAGAUGCAGGCGCACCAGGAGAAGCUGCAGCUGGAGCAGCUGCGCCUGGAGGAGGAGGUGGCGCGGCUGGCGGCCGAGAAGGAGGCGCUGGAGCGGGUGGCGGAGGAGGGCCAGCAGCAGAACGAAAGCCGUGCUGCCUGGGACCUGUGGAGCACCCUCUGCAUGAUCCUCUUCCUGGUGAUAGAGGUGUGGCGGCAGGACCACCAGGACGGACCCUCGCCCGAGUGCCUGGGCGCAGAUGAAGAUGAGCUGCCCGGCCUGGAGGGCGCCCCGCUCCGGGGCCUCACCCUGCCCAACAAGGCCACGCUCGAACACUUUUACGAGCGUUGCAUCCGAGGGGCCACAGCCGACGCCGCCCGCACCCGGGAGUUUGUGGAAGGCUUCGUGGAUGACUUGCUGGAAGCCCUGAGAAGCCUGUGCAGCCGGGACUCAGACAUGGAGGUGGAGGACUUCAUCGGCGUGGACAGCAUGUAUGAGAACUGGCAGGUCAACAAGCCACUGCUGUGCAACCUCUUUGUGCCCUUCAUGCCCCCGGAGCCCUACCACUUCCACCCAGAGCUCUGGUGCUCCAGCCGCUCCGUGCCCUUGGAUCGCCAGGGGUAUGGCCAGAUCAAGGUCGUCCGGGCCGACGAGGACACGCUGAGCUGUAUCUGCGGCAAGACCAAGCUUGGGGAGGACAUGUUGUGUCUCCUUCACGGCAGGAACAACGUGGCACAGCCCAGCAGUGAGGCAGGAGACCCCCUGUGCGCCCAAGACUCCCCUUACCUGGACACGAUGCGAGUCAUGAAGUGGUUCCAGACAGCCCUCACCAGAGCCUGGCACCGCAUCGCCCACAAGUAUGAGUUCGACCUGGCCUUUGGCCAGCUAGACACCCCAGGGUCCCUCAAGAUCAGGUUCCGCUCAGGGAAGUUCAUGCCCUUCAACCUGAUUCCUGUGAUCCAGUGUGAUGACUCCGACCUGUACUUUGUCUCCCACCUUCCCCGGGAGUCUUGCCCCGGGACCUCGGCAUCGAGCACCGAUUGGCUCCUGUCCUUUGCUGUCUACGAGCGCCACUUCCUAAGGAUGACAUCGAAGGCCCUGCCGGAGGGCGCCUGCCACCUCAGCUGCUUGCAGAUUGCCUCCUUCUUGCUCUCCAAGCAGAGCUGCCUGACCGGCCCCAGCGGGCUGAGCAACUACCACCUGAAGACCGCCCUACUGCACCUCCUGCUCGCCCGGCGGCCCGCCGACUGGAAGGCUGGGCAGCUCGACGCACGUCUGCACGAGCUGCUCCGCUUUCUGGAGAAGAGCCUUCUGGAGAAGAAGCUCCAUCACUUCUUCAUCGGCAACCGCAAGGUGCCCGAGGCCAUGGGGCUCCCUGAGGCCAUGCGCAGGGCUGAGCCUCUUAACCUCUUCCGGCCCUUCGUCCUGCAGCGAAGUCUCUACCGGAAGACGGUAGACUCCUUCUAUGAGAUGCUCAAGAAUGCCCCAGCACUCAUUAGCGAGUACUCCCUCCAUAUUCCCUCAGACCACUCUAGCCUGCCCCCAAAAGCUGUCAUCUUGUAGAGCAUCCAGGACCCAGAGGGCCAGGACUCGGGGCAUCCCGCAUGUCCACUCCCCUGGGGGCAUCUGCAAGCCCUGUCCUGGGAAAAUGGCAGGCGUUGUAGGGUGCCGUGGCUUAGCCUGCAGGGGAAGCCAGAUCCUAUAGCACAGAGGAAAUGAAAUUUCAAGCCGAAGCUGGUUUGCUUUCAUGCCACUGGGGCCUGUUGGUGAAGCUGUUGUCUGGAUCUGGGGACUGAUUCUUUGCAGCUUACUUUUGGAUCACUACCAGUGGCCAAGGUGAUAACAGAACUCUUUGAACACUGAGUUGCAGACAAUGCAGACAUAAUUUGGGUGUGAUUCUUUUUACAUCCCAGAUUCAAUCUCUACUUGAAUAUCAUCAGAGGAGGUACAGGAAUGCUAACAGGAACCUAUGUUAACACCUGCACCCUGAUUUCCAGUAACCCUUGGCCCCAGGCAUCUGCAACCAAAUGAUGGGGACCAGGUGGGAAUUUGCAGCCUUCCAUCUGCAGCCUGCACAAUAUAGGUCCCCACUGUGGCUGCCAUUUUUAUCCUAUUUGGAGAACAGACCAAGAAAGAUUCAAAGCCCCAAGAGGCUAAUGUCUCUGUUGCACAAAAGUGGGUACUCAGUGGCAGAGAAAAGUUUAAAUUGACCGCUUUUCCAACCACAGGUCUCACUCAAGGUGUACCCCCCCGCCGCCUUCUCCCCCAGGAUGCUGUGUCCUGAACCCUGUGGGUACCACACAUCAUGCUAGGUGCAAGCUCAGCGGCCCCUCACCCCAGGUUGUUCUCCCCACAGCUGGUCUCUCUGACCACCAGUAUGUUGGGACUUGGAGUCACACACUGGAGGUGGAAGAUGAUAGAGAAAGAGGCAAAGGGCAGAGCCUGGUACCCGGGUGCUGGGGUCUGGCUUGCAGCCUGGCUUCUGUUCGGAGAAGGUCGUGGAGCUGCGAGGUGAGGGGUGCCGUAGCCCUGAGUUUUCCUCAGGGCCCCGAUCUUAGAGCACGGUGUGCCCGGAAGCAAGACCUGCUGUAGAAACCCAGCCCCACGCGCAGGCCCCCCGAUCCCCUCGGCUCUUUGCUCCAGUGGGGCUCCCUCACAGCACAGAAACCCCCUUUCUGGUAGGCCUUGCUGGCCACACAGAUGGCCAUCACCCAAGAGCCAGACAGAGGCCCGGUUGACCGGGACACACAGGGACAGACUGCAAGCACAGUGCUCAGGCCUCGGAGAGGCCACCUUGGCACUGCCGGGCGGCAGUCCCUGGGCAGCCAGCAGAGCCUGUGGUCAGAGCUGGCCUUGGGCUGCAGGCCUGCUUCAGCGGUGCUGGGAGGCCGCUCCCUCCUCCAUUUGUGGCUUCACUGGCCCUUUGGGAGUGCCUCUCUUGGCAUUGCCUCGGUAACCCUUGCAGAAGGCCAAGGAGGAAGCAAGAACAGGCGCUCCUUCCCCAGGACUGCCUCCUGGGCUGAAGCUGGCCGUGCCUCCCAGAGGGCAUCCGGUUCCUCAGGGGUGUGGGGCUCACCGCGAACUGAAGAAAGGAUCCUCUCUCUACUCCAGGAGUGCUCUCACCUGGCCUCAGAGUAUUCUAGAAGAUGGACAGUUUUGCCUGACAAGGUUGAUUCACAGUGGAAGGCUGGUCUGUGAUGGGGCCCUGAAGCCCAUAGGAGGCCCUCCUUUUGAGCUGGGGUUUGACUGAGCAGCACCUGGGUCUGCCCCUUCCCAGGCCCAUGUGGUCUCCAACCAUAGCCCCAAGUGCCCCAUUCCACAGGGAUUUGUUUCCAGAGUCGGGGUGAAUUUCCUUUAUUUAUUGUCACCUGUGCCUUUCCUUUCCCAUCUUCAUCCUCAUUUGAUGGCUUUGAAGAGACCCCAGCAACCAAGAACCAGCUUCCAGAAGCCACAACCAAGCCUAAAUCUCCCCCCACCCCCGAUUUCCCCUCUUUGCUUCCAGGAGAAAGUUCACUGAAAAAUUACCUUCUGGCCUCUUGUUUAUCCAGCGGCAACAACUCAGAGGGGAAAUGGGGAUCUUUUAUGCACCAAAGCUGCUUCUGAAGCAGAAAGCAGUGGGGCUCUUGGCCUUUCAUGCUGCCCUAUUUAUAUUAAAGGACGAAUUAAAUUCUUGCAAGGAGAAGGCACUGGUCACGGUGUUUGUUUUUAACUUCAGGAAAUCUGUGAGAUUCCCAGUAGCUGGCGAGGGGGUGGGUUUCCUAUUGACGAGCGGAAGCUUUCCCUUUUUAUUCUUAUGCUUUCAGGAAACUUUAAAAGAUAGCAAAAUAGAAUAUUUCUGGCCCAUCUUUGAAGCAGCCUGCAGAGUUCCAGAAAGGGCCUUUGAAAGCCAGCUACAGGGUGGAUUCUGGCACAAAACCUUAUUUCACAGAGAGCUGGUGUGUGCAAAGAAUGUCGAGCCUGGGAGUAAUGUGAAGUUUUGGGCUUGAAGGAAAGAGGUUGUCUUUUAAACAGAAGAAGUUCUAGUCUUUUAGGACACGUUAAGCCUUUCCACUGAGGACAGCUUUCUCCGAGGAAUCUCUUUCCUUCCCAAGGAUGCUAGACUUUACCCAGCAUCUGCUCACUUCCUGUGCCAAACAUCCGAGGACUUUUGCUGCACCUCUUGAUAAAUGAAAUGAUUAGGGCCAGCCUGAAGCCACAAGGUUGGUCAGGUUGAAGGAGGGCCCCACCUCCUCAGAAGCCCCAGCCCCUCUCUCAGGCUUGUCAAAGUACAGCCUGGGUUGAGAACUUGGGCCCAGCACUUUGGCUCAUAAUACAGGGUGUCAUCAGAAUCCUGUGGAGAGUUGGGUCAAAUGCCCAGACCCCACCUUGAACCUACAUGGUGCCCAAUACGACUCUAUUUUUAAAGCUCCCUCAAGUGACUGAUGACACUCCUGGUGGAGGAUGGCUUUUCACUUCCUUUCCAAAUGGAAAGUUAAAGAAAACCCAAGUGGACUGUUUUCCCUACCAAACUGUUGGAAGGUAGGCUUGGUAGAAGCUGGUGAGCCUGCUUGGGAUCCGUGGUCCAGGUGGCAUCAGCUACAUCACAGGCAUCCGUGAGCACACCCAUACUCACACUAAUGGUCUGGGAAGCAGAGAGAGGAUGGCAAGGUAAAAGCUGCAAAGUGUGAAGAGCCUCCCCAAAGAAAAUCAAAUCAUCACGAUGGUCAUUCUGUCACCAGAUGCCUGUGUUCCAUUCACCUGAGCCCAGGGGUGGUUUAUUUCCUCCUGCACAAUGUGGGGCCCCUGCUUUAGAGGAGGGAACCAUAUACACCUCAGAGAUGUUCAAAGAUAUUUCUUUUUCGAUGGUAAAAGGUUUCUCUUAGGGUAACUUUGUUAAAAAUAGAAAAAGAAAGCACAGACCCACUUCCUGCCACUCCUCACAAGCUGUCUUCCCAACUGACCAGAGGUGACUCACAGCCCCCACGGCCUCGUUGCUCACCUGGUCCUGGAGAGUGGACUGAGCUGUGCUAGACCAAAAGUCCCUCGGGACAGUGGUCGGGCCUCCAAAGGCUGAAAAUGUCUCAGCCCUCUCCCAAAAGGCGCAAUUAGCGCUGAAUCAGCCCUGCUGGGAGCUGAACCUGCAGGUCAGCCCUGGGACUCCCAGCCAGAGACAAGCCUGUACAAACCCCAGAUUCCUGAAACCCAGGAGUCAGGACCAACCAAGGCAACAACAGAAGACUUAAGUGGAGCCAGAUUCCGGGUCAAGGAGGUUGGUGGCGUUCAGCCCUCUUGAGAGCUCAGCUUCCACCAAAACAGUUCCUAAGAAGCCCCCUCACACGUUUGUUUCCUCCUCACAGCAUUUUGUAAUCCACCAGGCAGAGAAGCUACUGAAGCCCCAUCCCUCCAGGAUGAGACAAGACCCCAAGCAAGACUGCUCAGCCUGGAUGUUGAAGGAUCCAGAGAGAGGCGAGGAAGAAGGACUCCCUGCCCCAUCUCCAUGUGCCCACUCAGACUGGAGGUGCACCUGUGAGGCUCGGCCCACUGGGGACCCAGACUGCUCCCACGACAAAGCCGUGCAAAGACCAAUGAGACUCAGAUUCCAUACAGGUCAGAUGGCACAGGGGCUAAGAGCUCGGGCUGCGUGUUCAUAUCCCAGUGUGCCGUGUCCUAGCUCAGCAAGUGUCAUCAUUUCUACGAGCUUUGGUUUUGCCUCGCGUUCUUCUGUAAAGUGGAAGUAAUGCUGCCCAUCUCAUAGAGCCACUGAGAAAAUUGCAUGAAAGAGCACGUGUGAAGCACUUAGCUUAGGGCCUGAUGAAUAAUAAAUGACAACAAAAUGA